UUACAAAAUUACACAAACGAUCCCAUCUCUCCUCUUUUUGCACACCAAACCACGAUGGCACAUCACAUCUCCACAUAUCCACACUUACACCUACUUAUUACACAUGUCUACAUAAACACGUUACACCUACUACUUACGCAGAGACAACUCUCGAUAUGGAAUCAAAACACACUCUCGUUUCCCUUCUGAUAAUCUUUGCACUUUCCAUAAGCGCAUCAAACUCAAAGUCAAUCAUCAAGAGACUCCCCGGUUUUGAUGGUGAUCUUCCUUUCAGUCUGGAAACCGGAUACAUUGGAGUUGGCAAAGAUGAAGCAGUUCAGAUCUUUUACUAUUUCGUUGAGUCUGAAAGAAACCCAUCGGAAGACCCUCUUCUUCUUUACCUCACCGGUGGGCCCGGCACUUCUGUACUUUACUCCAUGAUGUAUCAAAUAGGUCCACUCAAUUUCAAUUUGGAAACUUCAACGGAGGAUAACAUUACAUUGAAGUUGAAUCCAUAUCCAUGGAAUAAGGUUGCGAAUAUGUUAUUCAUAGAUGCACCAGCGGGAGCAGGGUUCUCAUAUUCAACGACAUACGAAGGAACGAUUUGCAGUGAUUCCCUUCUAGCUUCAUAUGCUUAUGAUUUUUUACGAAAGUGGUUUACGGAUCACCCUAGGUUUCUCAGCAAUCCGUUUUACGUAUCAGGGAUUUCAUACAUGGGGAUUAUCAUACCAAAUGUCGCUUUAAAUGUAUAUAAAGGCAAUGAACGUGGAAAUCAACCACAACUAAAUAUGAAAGGAGUCAUUAGCGUUUCCCCUUUAACUGAUAAGUUCAAUGAUUUUAAUUCAAGAUUUGAGUUUGCUUAUCGGCUAUCACUAAUAUCAACCGAUAUUUAUGAGUCUACAAAACAAACAUGUAAAGGUAACUAUAUCUCCAAUGAUGUAGACAAUGUCCUUUGCUGGAAUAAUCUCCAACAGGUGGAAGAGGCCACAAGCAAGAUCAACUUAGAGAACAUAUUAGAUCCAAUGUGUGAUACAACAUACACGGACCCAACUUGUCGAGAAGCUAGGUAUGUAUUUAUAGGAAUCUGGGCAAACAAAAAGGAAGUUCAGAAAGCUCUCCAUGUUCGUGAGGGAACAAUAGAAAAUUGGGUGAUUAAAAACGAUAGUAUUCAUUACGAUAUGGGGAAAAAGGACACAGAAUGUUACUCAUACGAUGUGUUCACUACUAUCCCCACCCACAAACAACUUCUUGCCAAGAAAUGCAAAUAUUUGAUCAUAUGUGGUGAUCAUGACAUGACAUUUCCACAUAGAAGCAAUGGGAACCAUGGUUUGUUAAUGACCAAAUCGCAGGAUAUCAGAGGACAUAUGUACUGAGAGAAUACUCAUUAAAAUAUGCAACUAUUAAGG